AUGGAUCGCUUGGGCAUGUUCCAGAUGCCCGGUCUGGUGCAACCACCGCUUACAAACCAGCCACCUCAGGUCUUUGGCUCAUUCUUGACCGAUGGCUUGGCCAGCUUGCAGCAGCUUCCGCCAGACAUGACGGCACAAAUGUUUUCUGACUCCAACUUGCUGCUUGACGACAGCCAAGAUGCUAAGAGGAGGAGAAUAGCUAGGGCCUGUGACCAAUGUAGAAGAAAGAAGAUCAAGUGUGACGGCAAGCUGCCAUCGUGCACCCAUUGCACUAAUUACAAGACUGAAUGUAUCUUCACCCAGAUUGAAAAGAAGAGGGCGACGCCAAAGGGUGCCAAGUACAUCGAAGGACUGGAGAACCGUCUAAGUCGCAUGGAAAAGCUUCUUCGGCUGGCUGGCAUUAUCGUAAAUGAGGAUGAAGAUCUUGCUGAACUCGAGAAGCGACUUAUCGAAAAGUCAGAACAGACAGCUGUCGCUCAUAGCUCCGGCCCCUCCUCGCCUUCACACCUUCUGUCGGAAAGCGACCCUACAGCUUCUCCCAGAAGCUCCGUCACAUCGCCAGGUCUACCAAGAGACAAAGACAAGGAGAGGGAGAAGGACAAGGACAAGGACAAGAGACAGGAAGAAAAGAACAAGCCAGCCGCCACGCCGGCUAGUCUUCAGGGAGAGGAGGAAGUCGAGGCCUUGUCUGAGAUGAUGUGCUCUCUGGUGACGAAUCAAUGCGGAGAAACCAGAUACAUCGGCUCCUCAUCUGGCUUUUCCAUUUUCUCACCAAAGGGCAUCCAAUGGAUUAACAACAAGACUGGUGACGCCACUUUCCAGAAUAUGAUCUCUGAAGUUUCCGAGGACGACCACAAGUGGACAAAUUGGAAGCCCGAAAUAUUCAGCGACUUGUUUCGGCGACCCGUCUUCCGACCCCUACCGUCAAAGCCCGAAGCCAUGUCCCUGCUCAAGGACUACUUUGAAAAUUUCAACUGCAUGUUCCCGCUCUUCCAUCAGCCGACUUUUAUGCAUCUAGUCGAACGACAGUACUCCGAUGAUCCAUACCAGGGCUCUGGUUGGUGGGCAAGUCUCAACUGUGCGUUUGCUAUCGCCCAUCGCCUGCGCGUCAUGAGUAAUCUGGUUCCACAAGAAGAGGAUGACAAGGCGUGGGGUUAUUUGAAGAACGCUAUGGGUGUCUUUGCCGAGCUCACCAUGCGCAACACGGACCUGUUGAGUGUCCAGGCCCUGCUUGGAAUGGCGCUGUUCAUGCAGGGAACACCCAAUCCUCAGCCAACCUUCCUUUUGAUUGCCGCUGCCAUUCGGCUUUCGCACAGCAUCGGCCUCCACAAGAAGGGAACGGGAUUCAACCUCAACCCCAUCGAAAUCGAGCAGCGCAAGAGAGUGUUUUGGAUCGCUUAUAUGCUAGACAAGGAUCUCUGCCUAAGAUCAGGGCGUCCUCCUGCUCAGGACGAUGAUGAUAUGAACGUCGAACUUCCUGAUGCCAACCCUGAGGACAACAUUGGGAACAUCCCUCUGGCAGAUGGAAAGGGCAAAAUGAACCUGUUCCGGGUAAUGUGCGAGUUCGCCGUCAUCGAAAGCAAUGUGUACAAGAGGCUAUAUUCGGCCAAGGCGGCAAAGCAGUCCGACGGCGAGCUUCUCGCAACAAUUGGAGAGUUGGAUCAGGAGCUUGAAGAGUGGAAGGACAGGAUCCCGAUUGAUUUUAGGCCUGAGCAUGAAAUCAGGGCUUCUCACACACCUCUUAUCCUCCAUAUCGUCAUGGUCCACUUUACUUAUUACAACUGCUUGACAACAAUCCACCGCAUGUCGAUCCACCAUGGGUUUUGGACAAGUCGGCUGGCCAACUAUGCCAUCUCGGGUCAGAAUGUGCGGCCAUUGAAUCCCAGAGUAUUCUCGUCUGCUAUGCUCUCAACAGCAGCGGCACGAGCAUCCAUUUCUCUACUCAAAUAUGUUCCUCAAGGAGACUUUUCUUGUGUCUGGUUGAUUCUAUACUUCCCAGUCUCAGCGCUGGUCACCCUCUUUGGCAAUAUCCUUCAGAAUCCUCUCGAUCAGCGGGCGAAAUCCGAUGUUCGACUAAUGAAUCUUGUCGUCACAUUCCUCUCAAUGCUGGGCCAAGAGGCAGAGCAGGGCGGUGUUCACAGAAUGCUGGGCAUCUGCUCUGAAUUCUGUCGCAUCGCGCAGAGAGUUAUUGAAAAGGCUGAUAGAGAGCAAUCCUCUCGUCGCAAGCGCAAGACCGCGGAAACUCCAGGAAGCGGAGAUGGUCGUAAUCAAUCCUUCUCCGCAACAACAACGCCGCAGACCAACGUCCAAGACACCUUAUCGCCUGAGUUUGCUGCUGCACGUGCCUACAAAGCCACACCGUUAGGGUCGUCACCAUCAAUGGACUCCAUGGGAUGGACACAAGAUUUCCAGGUUCCCCAGGAGAUGGAGUUUGAAUCCUUCGACGAAAUGACCGGAUUCGGCGGCGAUGUUCAAUCGCCACCCUUGCCCAGCGGCCGAGGCUUUCAGCAACCUUUACUCCCUCAAGAUCUCUUUUCCCUAUCUAUGAGUUUUGAUUGGAACUGGGUUGAGAUGAGUGGAGGGGCGUAUCCCACAGUAGAAAAUGGGAACUUUGGCGGCCUCGAGAAUACCGGAGUUCUUGACCCAAGACAGCAGCAACCGCAGUGA